UUCACAGCUGACGGACGCGAAAUUUUCCCUCCAACCGGCAAGUCGGUCGUAUUUCUCGGGAAUCUUACCAAUAACCCAUAAAAUCGACUACCUCAACGAAUUCUGAGUGAUUGAAUUACAACAUGUACUUGCUGUGAAGAUUUACAACUCUUAUAAAUCAUAAUAUUGUACAAUUACCGCUGAUAAUCACCAAUUUCACGUUGUUGCUGCUUCGGUGCGUAGGUUCGAAAGCUCAGAGUGUUUUGUUUAUGCAAAGCUUUUUUUGGACAAGCGCGUGCUGGCUGCGGGAGCUUCAUUAAGUGAGAGUUCGCUGCUGGAUUUGUUGGCUUUGUUUGGACGUUGGCAACAUCGUCGCCGUUAUGGAUUCACCUACACCGCCAAUUGUCAUCGAAGAUUCAAACGGUUCAGCAAUGGACGCCUGUUUCACGGCAUUCGACAAAGACGGCGAUGACCGCCUGAGUCUUGCCGAAUUUUCCAUAAUCUGCCGAGCUCUUUUCCGCAACGACAAGGGACAUAUCUACGAUGUGCCACCCGAACGCCUGGAGCAGAUAUUCGCCGUCUUCGAUACGAAUGGCGAUGGCUUCAUAGACAGGGAGGAGUUUAAAUUCUGCUGGAACCAGUGGAUAAAAACGAUUGUGCGACCGGUGAACGCGUUCCUCAUUGUUGAUGUACAAAAUGAUUUUAUAAGUGGUUCCUUGGAUAUAAGUAAUUGCAGUGCACAGCAGCAAGGACACGAGAUACUGGAGCCCAUCAACAAGCUGCUGGAUACGGUGGACUUUGAUGCCGUCUUCUACUCAUUGGACUGGCAUCCCAGCGAUCACGUUUCAUUUAUUGAUAAUGUCAAAAUGCGCCCCAUGGACGAGUCCUCCUCGUUGGAUUCGGACUCCGCCCAGGUGUUCGAUACGGUCAUCUUUGCCGGUCCGCCGCCCAUGAAGCAGCGCCUGUGGCCCCGCCACUGCGUCCAGGACUCGUGGGGAGCCGAGCUGCACAAGGACCUCAAGGUGGUGGACCACGGCAUCAAGGUGUACAAGGGCACCAAUCCGGAGGUGGACUCGUACUCGGUGUUCUGGGACAACAAGAAGCUCUCGGACACCACGCUGAAUGCCCAGCUGAAGAUGAAGGGCGCCACGGACAUCUAUGUGUGCGGUCUGGCCUAUGACGUCUGCGUUGGAGCCACAGCGGUGGAUGCUCUGUCCGCCGGGUACAGGACCAUCCUCAUCGACGACUGCUGCCGGGGAACGGAUGUCCACGACAUCGAGCACACCAAGGAGAAGGUGAACACCAGCGAUGGCGUUAUCGUUCAUACUAACGAGGUCAAGGCAAUGGCUGAGGGUCGCGAUCGUCGUCCGGAACUGGGCUACAAACUGGCCAUGGAGCUGAAGAGUCCUGAUUCUGUACUUUCGCAACGCAACGGAUUCAGACCCACAUAUUAAAUCCUAAAGGCAAAUCAACACGCUAGGCUUAUUUUCAUGGAUAUCAAACAAAAAGACAAAAGGCUUUUAUGUAGUCAACGGUUAGAGCGUUUCGAUUAGAUUAGAUUAGCAACACCUGUGAAGUGCCUCCGUAGAUUGGCUAGCUUUUGCUAAAAACAUUCUAGAAUUGGUAAACUCUUUUUUAAGCCUGUUAUCCAUGUGGAUUUUACAUGACAUUACAGAACUAACAAAAACAACAAUCGUAAACGAAAAGUGCAAAGUUCUUGCCUGCAGAUGCGGAGUUAAGGAGGUAAAUCAAAUGACAUUCAAGUAUUACCGAGCUCUCUCUCUCUACAUAUAACCCAAGCACCUUUAAAUACAAUUCCAAGAGCAAUAAAGUACUAAGGGUUCUUAAUGUUGUGCGCUGCACCUGUUUGAAUUAAAUUGAUAUUAUAUACAAACAACAAAUAUAUAAGUAGAGAUCAUUAUUUAUUUUAAAACAAACUAUAUAACAACUGCUUCAGUGAGAAAUAUUGUAUGUACUUAAAAUCGUUGAAAUGGAAAUAAAAAUGGAUGGAUUUAUGAAAGACAAA